AGUCGUUAGUCGUGGGCUCUGCCACGUAAUGUUGCGUGCAGUUUAUAAAUUAUCAUCGAUAAAUAAUUUCAUAAAAUUUCAUUGUUAGUUUAGAAGCAAUGCCAAAAACUGUGGCAUUUCUAACGUAACAGUGACUAUUCUUUUUAAAUUGAUACUGGUAUUGAGGAAGACAAGUUGAUUAAAAUGUCUCAACCCAGUGGUUAUCAGCCGUCUUAUCCGGAUUUAUUGAAAAGUAACACAGCACCACCACCAUUAGCCUCAAUGGUCAAUGGUCAAUCGACUACUGUUCCACUCGUACAAAAUGGGACGCAACAGCCAGCACUAUUUACACAUCCAGCGGGUACACCAUCAUCACAAUCGUCUCGAGAUCCAUCACGAGAAACUUCCAGAGAUCCGUCUCCAACCCAACAUCUCUACACGCAGUACAGACCUCAACUGACGCGUCCUCCAAUGCCACCAAUGAAUGGCCAACAAUCCCAACCAAUUCAUCAUGACCGUCAACAUGCGCCUGUUCCUCCCCAGCCGUCGACGAAUCCCCCACAUUCAGCAAUACCUCCGCCUUCUCACGACCCCAUGAGACCCCAUAACGUGCCCUCCUCGAAUCCAAAUCUGAAUCCUCAGUGUCCUCCCACCACCACGCAAGUCCCCAAUGCCAAUCACCAGCAGUGGAGACCUUCAAUAAAUUCCCAACAGGCUCAUCUGGAUAACAAUUUCAAUUCGCCAAUGCAAAUACCACCACAGAUGCAAUCACCGAUAGCUCCACCACAGGGUAACCCACCAAAUGUACAAAAUGCAUCGAGACAAUUGGCUGCGGGGCCAGCCCAGAUGCAGUAUGUCAAUCGUCCACCACUACCACCACCCCAAGUACCACCAGCAUCCCAGCCACUGCAAAAUCCCGACCACCAGGGACUGCAGAACAAUUAUCUCAAUCAACCAUCAACCAUUCCACCCACCUAUCCCAAUCAAAAUAUCUACAACAGUGGUGCGAAUUUACCUAGUCAAAGAAAGUAUCCUCAACCGGCAUACGGUAGUCCAAUGGCUCCCCAACCUAUGCAAAACUUGCCAUCACUACCGAAAGAGAAUAUUGGCUAUCAACAUCAGCAACAGCAGCAGUUACAAAGUCCCUACGAGAACAGAACAGCAGGACAGCCAUAUUUUGGACAAAUGGCAAAUGUUCCCCUCGACAAUUUAUCACAAAGAUAUCCUGCUCCACCAGGUUACACCAACGACGCAUCAAUGAAUAAAUUGAAUACUCAUAUGGGAUCUCUAAGUGUCACUCAAACAGGUUUCAAUACACUCUGGGGUCAGCAGUCUCUGGAUUUACUGCAAUGCAGGAAUGUACUACCAUCUGAAAAAGUGGAACCUCCCAAGAUCACUUUGCAGCAGGAAUUCUUGGACGGCGUUAACUGCAGCCCCGAUAUAUUCAGAUGCACAUUGACCAAAGUGCCUGAAAGUAAUUCAUUGCUGCAAAAAUCCCGAUUACCACUGGGGAUAUUGAUUCAUCCAUUCAAGGAUCUUAAUCAUCUAUCUGUCAUACAAUGCACUACAAUAGUCCGGUGUCGUGCUUGUCGUACAUACAUAAAUCCAUUUGUUUACUUCCUGGAUUCAAAAAGAUGGAAGUGCAAUUUGUGUUAUCGAAUGAAUGAAUUACCUGAGGAAUUUCAAUUUGAUCCAGUGACAAAAACAUAUGGUGAUCCAUCAAGACGACCUGAAGUUAAAACGAGUACAAUUGAAUUUAUCGCACCAAGUGAGUACAUGCUCCGUCCACCUCAGCCAGCAGUUUAUUUAUUUUUACUCGAUGUAUCGAAGUUAGCUGUGGAGAGUGGAUAUCUCACUAUCGUUUGUCAGGUUAUAUCCGAAGAAUUAUCAAAAUUACCAGGGGAUGGUAGAACACAAGUUGGAUUUCUUGCCAUUGAUUCAGCUGUACAUUUUUUCAGUAUGCCAGAUAAUGUAUCACAACCACACGAGUUGAUAAUGCUCGAUGUUGACGAUGUUUUUCUACCGUGUCCAGACAAUUUAAUUGUCAAUCUGAGGGAGAGGGAGGAAUUAAUACGCGAUUUAUUGGCUCAAUUGCCAUCGAAAUUCAACGGUACCCACGAUACAAAUUCAGCACUUGGAGCGGGAUUACAAUCAGCUUUUAAAUUAAUGUCAGCAACUGGUGGACGUGUUACAGUUUUUCAAACGUGCCUACCAAAUAUUGGACCUGGAGCUCUCCAAUCACGCGAAGAUCCCAAUACUCGUGCUAGUAAAGAUGUACACCACUUGAAUCCAGCUACCGAUUUUUACAAACGACUAGCACUCGAUUGCAGUGGUCAACAAAUAGCUGUUGAUCUUUUCUUACUGAACAGUCAAUACAGUGACUUGGCAACAUUAUCAGGAAUGUGUAAAUUCUCAGGUGGCUGUAUUUAUCACAUUCCCCUGUUUCGUUAUAACAAACCGCAGCACAAUGAUACACUCGAGAGAAUGGUGCGUCGAUAUUUGACGAGAAAAAUAGGUUUUGAAGCUGUUAUGAGAAUAAGAUGUACCAGAGGCUUGAGUAUACACACUUUUCAUGGAAACUUCUUCGUCAGAUCAACAGAUCUUCUCAGUUUGCCCAAUGUCAAUCCCGAUGCUGGCUUUGGAAUGCAAGUAUCGAUUGAAGAAAAUUUAUCCGAUGUACAGACAGUCGGUUUUCAAGCUGCAUUACUGUAUACAUCGAGCAAAGGAGAAAGACGCAUAAGAGUUCACACACUUUGUUUACCAGUUACAUCAAGUUUAACUGAUAUCUUGUACUCAGCUGAUCAACAGUGUAUUAUUGGCUUGUUGUCGAAAAUGGCUUCUGAUCGAGCCCAACAAUCAACCCUGAGCGAUGCUAGAGAUGCACUUAUUAAUGUUGCUAUAGACGUUCUCUCCACUUAUAAGAUUUCUCAGUCUGCAUUAUCUGGAGGUCUGAUGGCGCCCAUGAAUUUGAAAUUACUGCCACUUUACAUAAUAGCACUGUUGAAAUUUACAGCAUUUAGAUUAGGUACAAGUACUCGUUUGGAUGAUCGUGUUUACUCUAUGUGUCAAAUGAAGACUCUACCUCUUUCUCAGCUGAUGCAAACGGUCUAUCCAGAUUUAUAUCUAAUUCAUUUAUCCGAUGAUUCGAAAGAAACCCAGAGUCUGCAUGGUAAAACAUGGCCAGAACCACCUAGACUAAAUUUGUCGGCUGAAAAACUUGAUUUUCGUGGUGCAUUCCUGUUGGACGCCGGAGACAAAAUAUUCAUCUAUAUUGGAAAGAAUAUUGAUUCAAUGUUCUGUUGCAACGUACUUGGUGUUUCAGCGUACAGCUCUAUACCGGAAGAGAUGUAUGAAUUACCUGAAUUGGAUACUAUGGAAAGUGAGAGACUUCGGAAUUUUGUUUUUAGUCUGCAAGAUGAAAAACCCUAUCACGCAGCAGUACAAAUUAUUCGUGAUGACAGCCAUUUCCGGAGCCUGCUGAUUGAACGUUUGAUCGAAGACAGAUGUGAAUCGGCCCUCAGUUACUACGAAUUUCUCCAACACAUAAGAACCCAAAUAAAAUAGUUGAAUAUUUCAUCUCAAUCGAUAACGUGAAAUUCAAAGUGUAGCUAAAUCAAUUGAUACAGGAGAUACGAUGGCAUGAGUGGUCUGAACGUGAUCGUCACUGACUGUUUAGUUUAUAAAAUGAAGAAAAGGAGGAGGUAUGCAUUAAUCGUAGAAGAAAAACUUGUGAAAAGACAUUGAAAAAUUUUUAUGACAGAAACUAAGCCUUAACAAUGCAUUAUAGGCAUUUACAAAAAUGUAUUGUAAUUAACUAUCGUCGUUGGUAAUUUUUAACUAAAACUCAAUAUUUUUAGUUAAUCCGUAUUCAGUCCCCAGGAGGAUUAUGCAAAACUAAAGUCAUCUUGAAUCAUGUGUGUAUUUUUUUUUUCUUUAUUAUUACGAUUAUUAGUGAUCAGUUGACUUAGUUAAGUGAAUGCAUAUAAUUUCUCCAUAAUUGUCAUUGUCCUCCAACAGUUAUAGGUCACAUAGUUGCAUCAUCUAUGAAGAAGAAUAAACAAGAAAAAAAAAACAAUGUUGAAUUCAAUCAUUGAAAGUGCCCAUAUGUGUGAUACCUUUUUUGUGUCGACGUGUUCAUCAAACGAUACAUACAAUUUUGUAGCAAACAUUGAUGACUAGUGAUCGGAGGGAAUGAAUAAGAAAUUUUUAUCAUCACACACUGAUCAAGUUGAUUUUCAUAAAUCUGUAAUUGGCAUUUUUUUCGGCCUAUCGCUAUGUUAAUUAUUUAUCGGUUAUUAUUAUUGAUUACUGGUUACUAUUGUUAUCUGUAUGCGGUAAAUAUGUAUGUAAAUACGAAAAAAUAUAAAACACAUAUGAAUGAGAUAUCAA